AUGGGAUCAUGUGCAUCAAUGAAAUAAAAAAAAAUAGAUGGUAAUAUUUAAAUAGCAGCAUAUAAGUAAAUAUAAAUAAUGAUUUAAGAGUUUGUAUAACAGCUUUCAUUUGGAAUAAAGAAAGUCAUAACUUAUUUGAUUUUGAGAGUCAUCAAGCAUCCCGUAAAGAGUUGGAACUAGAUUUUUCAGGUAAAUAAUUUAAAUAUGAUUUAGCCACACUUUCAAUGGUUGAUAAUUAAAUAAUAGCAUUAAGUGAGAAUGUAAAAUAUUUAUGAAUAUAAAAAAGGAAUAUGUUAAAAAAUAAGUUUAAUUGCUUAGAGUAGAUUGUGAAUAAGAUUAUGUAACUCUAUCUGAAGUGAGCUAGAAAUCGGAUCAAAGAGUAUGGGCUAUCCUAUCUAAAAGACCAGAAUUUGAGUCAUUAAAUGUAUAAAUAUAUAUGAAACAUUAAAAAGGAUUGGGAACUAUAGAAAGGAGAUAUCAUUAAAUUAGGAAGGAUGAAAUUACAACUUAUAGAUUUUAAUUAUGAUAUAGAUGCAUUACAGUAAUAACAUGACUAAACUGAAGUUAAUGAUGAAGAAAUAUAGUCACAAGAUUUAGAACCAGAUGGUUGCUAAUGUAGAAUUUGUUUCUAAAAAUCGGCAACUGUCUCAAACCCUCUUUUUAGUCCAUGCAAAUGUAAAAUUAAAUCAAUUUUAAUUUCUUAGGUAUUGGAUCCAUGAAAUACGUUCAUCUACAUUGUUUAUAACUUUGGAUACAAUAAUCAAUUAAAGUUAAAAAUUAAUAAUCUUCAAUCUAAUAUAUUUGGAAAAAAAUGGAAUGUGAAAUUUGUAAAAUGCCAUUAAAAAGCACAUAUACUUACUAAAGAUAGAUAUUUUGUAUUAUGUAAAUUUAAAAACCUAAUGUUCCUUACAUGAUUUGGAAAAUUACAUCAGAUGAUAAAUCUAAAGAAGGAAUUAUCUAAGUUAUGGAACUAUAAGAUAAAGCAGAAAUUAAAAUAGGUAGAGUACCUGAUUGUGAUAUUAAACUUAAAGAUAUAUCAGUAUCUAGAAAUCAUGCAUUAAUCAAAGUAAUUAAAUAAGAAGACAAUUAAUUUAAACUUAUACUGUAAGACAAUAAUUCUAAAUUUGGAACCCUUCUAUAUGCUCAAUCAGAUAAAUUACUCAAAUAUAAUUUACCCUCAUUGCAAAAAGUGCUUUAUCAAAUUGGAAGAGUCUUACUAUACAUUCAAUUUAAGGAUAAAGGCAAAUCUUAUAAUAAAUAGUAAUCUAAAUUUCAUUAAUUUAGAUUCACCUGUUAUAAACACCCUGAUAAAAUAGUUGUUUAAACUAAAAUCAAUCAAAAUGAAUAAGCCACUAUCAUCCCUAAUGUUGAAAAGGAUAAAGAUAAUUAACUAUCUUUUUAAACUAAUAAUGAAUUACAUUAAGAAGAUAUAGUAAUUAAUGUAAAAUAAAUAUGA